AUGCACAAGCAAGUCGUGGCGGCGCAAGAUUUGAGGAGUUUCUCCAAGCUGCUUUUGGAGGUCAUGUUUCCAGUGUUCGCAUUUUCCAACUUCCGUGUCUACUCCAUCGACAUGCUCGGCAAAUGGUACAUGGCUUGCGUGGGCUCUGCGUUGGUCAUGAUUCUCGGGGCUCUGCUCGGUCGGAUGGGUUCGCUCCUUCUGCGCCUGCGGUCGCCCUAUUCCAAGAUUCUGGUUCUUAGCACAACCUUUGGGAACUGUGGUGCGCUGCCCUAUGUCCUGAUACCACCGAUUGUCACCAACUGGAAGCGAGUGAAUGCUAAUCCAGACGACGCGCUCGUGGAAGGCUUUGCCGUGAUCUCACUGUUCGCAAUCGUCUGGACGAUGUCCUUGUUCUUCAUAGGCCGGCCUUAUGCCUUAUCCAUGAAGCCCGCAAGCACAGAAACAAGUGGAGAUGCUGCAGCUUCUACGGCUUCUACGACAUCGUCCAAGUUCAACAUUCUCCAGAAGUUGCGAUUGGUGGACAGUGUUGUUUGGUGUGCUCUGGUUGGGAUUGUCGUUGGCUGUAUUGCUCCGCUUCGAGACUUCUUGAGUGAGCGAGCUGGCGGACCCCUCCGCUUCGUCGGCUCGUUCUCCUAUAACUUCGGACGGGCGGCUGUCCCAUUGUCAACCAUGAUUCUUGGAGCUUCGCUCUACGCGGGAGCGCGAGCUGAAUUUCAGAAGCGCCGCGAUGCGCGCAACGCACGACCGGAGGCUGACAAGCCUCCUCCGAUUCUGGAUGAGCAGGAAGGAAGUGACAGCGGCCAACUGCUGCGGCUGGCCCUGGGCGCUUCCUUCAUCAAGCUACUGGUGAUGCCAGCGAUCUCAAUCCCGCUGCUUCUGCUUGCAGUGAGGAGUGGGGUGCUGCCCUCUGAUCAGCCCAUGCUAUUUAUGGUGUUAAUGCUCCAGACGGGCGUGCCGUCAGCGCAGACAGCGCUGGCAUUGCUAGUCGCGGCAGGCCUGCACAAACAAGCAGGACAGAUGAGCCUCGUGUACCUUCCCAUGUACAUCGCCUCUGUGAUCACCCUUGCUAUCGUCAUCGUCAUGGCCGUGACGCUUUCUGACGAGUUUGACGUCAUUGCAGCGUAG